GAUGGUGUGUCCCCUACUCUCUGUCCUGGAGACAUGCCUGUGCAGGAGAUGGCGGUGAGUCCUGUCAAGUCCCUGUACUGGGAGCAGUUCCCCCCCAUGUCGCAGCGCCGCGUCUACAGCACUCCCGUCUACCACGAGGGCCUGCUCUACGUGCUGGGGGGCUGCAACGAGACCGGCACCCCUCUGGACAGCGUCGAGGUCCUGGACGUAGAGAGCCAGGCGUGGAGCCAGCUGCCGCCGCUACCCACCGCGCGGGCGGGGGCCUCGGCUGUGGCGCUAGGGGGCCAGGUGAUGGUGCUCGGGGGCAUGAACCAGCAGCAGACCCCGCUGGCUUCGGUGGAGAUGUACCACCCCGACGAGGGCAAAUGGGAGACGAGGGCCAGCCUGAGUCAGCCCUCCAUGGGAGUCACCACUGUGGAGAAAGACGGGAAGGUGUACGCGCUGGGCGGGAUGGGAGCCGACACCACGCCUCAGGCCCUGGUGAGGGUCUACGAGGCAGAGAAGGACCAAUGGCAGCCGGUGACCUCCCUGCCCACGCCGCGGUACGGAGCCACGCCCUUCGUACGAGGGAACAAGAUCUUCAUGAUGGGCGGUCGCCAGGGAAAGAUGCCGGUGACGGCGCUGGAGGCCUUCGACCUGGAGACGAAGAGCUGGACACGCUACGCCUGCAUCCCGAGCCGGAGGGCCUUCUCCUGCUGCGCCACCAACGAGCGGAGCCUCUUCAGCCUGGGGGGCCUCCAGCAACCGGGGCCGCACAACUUCUACUCCAGACCUCACUUCGUCAGCACCAUGGAGGAGUACGAUCUGGAUCAAGGUAUCUGGAUCAAACCCAGCCGAACGUCCAGGAUGAGGGAGAAGAGGGCCGACUUUGUGGCAGGAUGCCUGGGAGGAAGGGUGAUUGCAGCUGGUGGUCUAGGUAACGAACCGACGCCGCUGGGCACGGUGGAGAGCUACAACCCGGUGAAGCGGCGCUGGGAGUACGUGGCGCCCAUGCUCACCGCACGCUGCUCCUCCGCCCUCCUGCAGGCGGCCAACAUGCUCUUUGUCAUCGGCGGAGUCGCCCAGGGACCCAGUAAUGCCGUGGAAGCCCUCUGCUUACCGGAAACGGUGUGA